AAAUUCGAUUUAAAUAAAGAAUAGUUUUAAAGAGAAAAUUGCCGAAUGUUUUAAAAAUAUUUAAUAAAACAAUUGCUUAUGACCACACCAUUUGCCAUCACUACCAUUGAAAAAGUUGCUUAUUAGAGAAAGGAUAAAAAAGCGCAGCGGUUCUUUUCGUUUGGACAAAAUGCGUUAAGGGCUGGGGCUGCUACAAGAUAAGAAAAAAUCAUUUUGCUACUGCAUUUCGUCUCUGUAGCAGCUGCCUUGGCCGUAAAUAAACAGCACGCUUCAUUGGAAUAUAUUAUUGCGUAGCCCGUUCUCAUCUAUUUCUUUUUUCGCCGUUUUUACCUCCGACGCUCUCCUCUAAAUUUAUUUAGGGGAGCUCUGGAAUGUUGGAAUAUCCCCAACGAUUUGCGCGUAAUAUCCCCGAACCAUCCUCUUCAGCACAAAAUAAUUUGCCCGCACAUCAUUCUCAUCAUCAACAUCAGCAACAGCAGUUGUCAACGCAAUAUCACCAGCAACAAGGAUCACAACAUUUUCACCCAUACCAAGGUUCUUAUCCUUCGACGCCAGCGUCGCCAGCUCACCAACAUCGUCAUUACACUGCUGGUGUAGCACUUUCAUCAUCCGUUCCACCGCCACCACCUCCAGUAUCACAACACCAUCGUAAUUUGUCGACAGCGUCCAGUUGUAGUGCUCAACAUAAAAGUGUAACUUUCAGUCAACAAGCGAAUUGUGGCGAUUAUAGUGGAGGUAGCAGCAGUAAUUCUAGCUGCGGCGGUGGUCUACAAUCAAUGGCGGGAAACAUGAAACACGGAAAAUCACAAGAAGAUGUUUGCUAUGUCGUGGCCAAAUAUGAUUAUGCUGCUCAAGGAGCCCAAGAGUUGGAUUUAAGGAAAAAUGAACGUUAUCUUUUAUUGGAUGACUCGAAGCACUGGUGGCGCGUACAAAACAACCGCAAUCAGUCAGGAUACGUUCCCAGUAAUUAUGUGAAAAAAGAGAAACCAUCAUUGUUCGAUAGCAUUAAGAAAAAAGUGAAAAAAGGUUCCGGCUCGAAAACAUUACCUAACUGCUCACCUUCACGACAAAUUGAAAGUCCAACAAUGUCACGAAGACUGCCACCAGAUCCGACAGAGGCAAUCGGUACAGCUGUAGUCAAAUAUAACUAUCAGGCACAGCAGCCGGAUGAGUUGUCAUUAACCAAGGGCACUCGCAUAUUAAUAUUAGAAAAGUCAAAUGAUGGCUGGUGGAGAGGACAAAGUGGUAGUGCGGUAGGCUGGUUUCCGAGCAAUUAUACAACCGAGGAUUGUGAUAAUGAUGGUGUCCACACGUACGCUAUGGCUGAAAAUGUGUUGGACAUAGUGGUGGCUUUAUACAGUUUCAAUUCGAAUAACGAUCAAGAGUUAUCUUUCGAAAAGGGCGAUCGUUUAGAAAUUGUAGAUCGUCCAGCUUCCGAUCCCGAUUGGUAUAAGGCACGCAACAAUCAAGGUCAAGUCGGUUUAGUUCCACGCAAUUAUCUACAAGAGUUAAACGAUUAUUUAGCUACGCCAUAUCGUAAUAAUGGGGCUACUGGUAACGGUAACGCCACCGGAACCAACGGUGAUUCAAUUGAUCGCCGUAAUGAUGCAAUGCCACAAAAUUCACCUCCUCCCAUUGAACGGCCUAAUUUGGCUGGCAAAUCGUGGUAUUAUGGGGCCAUAACACGAAGUCAAUGCGACACGGUACUCAAUCAACAUGGUCACGAUGGUGAUUUUCUUAUCAGAGACAGCGAGACGAAUAUGGGCGAUUAUUCAGUUUCUCUGAAAGCUCCAGGUCGUAAUAAACAUUUUCGUGUUCACGUAGAGAACAAUAUGUAUUGUAUAGGUCAACGAAAAUUCCAUACGCUAGAUCAAUUAGUAGAUCAUUACCAAAGAGCGCCGAUUUACACCAAUAAACAGGGUGAAAAAUUAUAUUUAGUACGUCCUUUGCCUAAAGCCAACGGCACGUAAAUUCUUCGUAAAUUUAUAUAUCCUUACUGCCUCCCGUUCGUAAAAUUGGCUCUAUCGCUCCAUAACAUUGAUUAUACAUCCCAUCAUUAUCAUAUUAAAACUUCUAGAAAUGUCACAAUAUCAAAAUAACUUAUUUUUAAAUGUAGUUUCUCACAAAUUUCGCAACAGCCGAACUACCAAGAACUAACUGCAAAUAUUUAUAUAAUUGUCAAAUUAUAUCUUAAAUCAUAAGUAACAAAUGUAUAACAUUUUUACACACAUCUCCAUAUAUUUAUACAUUUCAUAUAUAUAUAUAUAUAUUCAUAUAUAUAUAUAUAUAUAUAUAUAUAUAUGUAUGUAGAUAUAUGUGUGUAUAUAUAGAUACAUAUUUAGUCAGUCAACUAUUGCAAUCUCUUGCUGCACAGCUUUUACGUAUAUAUAAACCAUCACAUUCUUAUAACUUUAAAAAUUUAAAACAAUAAUUAUAUAUAAAUCCAUGCAAUGCAGAAGAAGACAAAACAUAUUUCUUUUAAAUAUAAUUUUUAUAAACAAAAUACGAAAUCACAUGAAUGCGUAGUAAGCAAACUGACAGCGAAACUGACGUACGAUUUCAAUUUAUAUCGUUUACAGUAUAAAUACACAUUGAAUAUGAAAAAUUAGAAAAAAAAAAAAAAUUCUCUUGAUGAAAAUCUAAUAAGUAAAAAGUAUGCGUUGUAGACUUCUUUUCGGUUUACAUAUUUUUUUAAUUUUAAUUUUACUUUACAACUUUUAUUUUAGUUUAUAUUCGUUCGGUCCGUCUGCGUUCCGCAUUUUAAACAGCUUUAGCCUUUUCACAAUUAGCCGAAUGAACAUGAAGAGAUUACAUAAGGAAUCAUCUUUUAUUCCGAAAACAAGACCUAAAAGUAAUAAAAAUUCUUGUUUUUAUCGGACGCUUCGGCCGGCACUCGAAAAUUUACCUCAUUCAGAAGUAUUAAGAAAUUCGUCUUGUUAAAAAACACACAACGCAUUAAAUAAAACAUGACAAUUAUGAAAGACGUCUUGUCAGUUUUGAUUAAAAAUUCCCUUCCGCGAAAUUUUUAACAUCUUUCUAAUCAAAAAUGAUGAAAUUCAGAUCUGUUCUGUACUUGACCCCUUUUAAAACCUAUAGAGUUCAUAGUCAUUUUGAAUCAAACCUAAAACCCGCCACAUCUAAAUAUUGAAAUAUAUUUGAUUCGUAAUUCCGAUACUUAUUUCUUGGAAAAAAACUAGAAAUUUAUCAACUGAUUAUGAUUUCGCCAUUUUCUCCGGAUAUCCGUCUACACGCAGAAAUCUACAGUGGCGAUGAGUAACUGCUCAAAUUCUAAAACUUCACAGUGUAGACUGUAACAAGAUAAUAUUCGAAAUAAAAAAAAAUAAAUACAAUAAUAAGGCAAAUAUGUUUACUGCAUAAAUAAUACAGAAUAGCUUUUAAAUGAUAUCAAGUUCAUUAAUUAUUAAAAAGUGCACACGCGCCUAUCCAAAAAACAAAAAAAAAAAACAAAAAAAAAAACAAAAAAA